AUGGUCUGCGUAUCAUGGAUCCCAGGGACCGAAGCCUUGACUCUUCACGCCCAUAACCACGGCAGACAUGGGGCCAUUAGAGAUGUCUCAACACGGGUGCAGAUUCGUGAUGAACUAGCAGAUGGUGUUGAGCUGAGGGUGCUCCCCAUUGGAGACUCGAUCACCUAUGGCGCCGGCAGUACCAACUACAACGGAUACCGCAAGGCAUUGUACCAGAAGCUCAAGGAUCACGGGAACGCUGUCGACUUUGUUGGAUCCAUGCACGGUGGUGAUUUCGCGGAUACUGACCAUGAAGGGCACCGAGGCGAAGUGAUCAGCACAAUUCAGAGCAUGUCCCAGGACGGUAUAUACGCAGCACCGAAUAUUGUUCUGCUCCAUGCCGGGACCAACGAUAUCAACCGGGCCCUCGAUGUUGGAAACGCGCCGGCUCGUCUCAAGACGCUGAUCGAGGACAUAUACUCGCACUCGGAGAAUGCUGUUGUGCUUGUUGCCACGAUCAUCCCCUCGAAGAACCAGACGGCCCAGGCAGAUCUCGCGGCAUAUAACAAGGCGAUCCCUGGUGUCGUAGCCAGCUUCACGAACAAACACAUUGCCGUUGUUGAUAUGAACUCGGCCCUGACCACGGCUGAUUUGACCGACUCUCUACACCCAACGGAUGCGGGAUACGCGAAGAUGACCAAUACUUGGUACGAUGCCAUUAUCGCCGCAAAUUCGAAGGGCUGGAUUGUGAAGCCAGGCACAGCACAGGUUCCUCCGGAUUCGAAUAACCCAGGCAAUUGUCGGGAGACGCCAUCUUGGCUCAAGGUAGGCGAAGUCGCCAGUGGUGCUUCAGUAGCUACCACAGAUGGAGAUUUCAAACCGGUAUGGAAAAAGACAGGCGUCAUCGCGAGCGGAGCCUGUCCUCGCGCUCAGCUUCAUCUCAUGGACCUCGACGGUGACGGUCUGAAGGACUAUGCUUGCGUUGAUCCUAAAACGGGCGCCACCACGGUUCGUCGCAAUAUUCCUGACUCAUCUGGAAAGAGCCAGAACAAAUGGGAGGCGGCAGAAGAAGUUGCGUCCGGUAAAUCAGGACGGGAUGGGUACGGCGUGAUGUUUGCCGACCUCAAUGGAGAUGGGGCAGACGAUUAUAUCUAUGUAGACUCUGACAAUGGAGACGUUUCUGCUUGGAUCAACAGCGGGAAAAACAACGGGUCGUGGCAGUGGAAGUCACUGGGAGUUAUCGCAAGCGGAGUCGGUGCCAAAAACACCACUCUUCAGAUGGUUGAUUUUGAUGGGGACGGGCGUGCUGAUUUCUGCAUCGUUUCAUCCAGCGGAGAAGUGACUGGCUGGCUGAACACUGGUGCCAGCGAUACCCCCAAAUACCAUAAACUCGGUGUUGUCGCCACGGGGGCUUCGGCCGCCAAGGGAAACAAGGUGUUCCUCGGUGACUUUACCGGAAACGGAAGAGCAGAUUAUAUAAUUGUGGCAAGUGGUGGCCAGACAAAGGGACUGGUGAACCGGCUCCAAGAGAAUAGCAUGAUCCCAGCCUGGCUGUCUGUUUUCGAUCUGGCUGCUGGUCCUGAUGGCGUGACGCAGGACCAGGUUCGUUUCGCCGACAUGACAGGUGAUGGUAAGGUGGACUACUUGGCUAUCGAUGAGAAGUCCGGGAAAAUCACCUUGUGGGAGAACGCCGGAACAGGGGGCAAGUACCAGGAAGGAGAAGGCGUUGUCCUCUGUGACUUGGACGGAGAUGGUACGAGCGACUACUUCUGGUUGGACCAUGAAGGCAAAGGAUGGGGCUACCUCAACACAGGCAAAGGCAAGAACCAAUGGCAGAAUCUGGGCAAUACUGCCAACGGUGAGAAACGCGACCGGAACCAAAUCCGCAUGGGAGUCCUCACCUCCAGCGGCCGGGCUGAUUAUAUCGUGGUCGAUGACAAGACGGGGCAAGCUAACUGGUGGAAAAACUUGGGUGCAUCGAAUAAUUACGGCUGGUCGUCUCAAGGAGAGGCCGCUGCAGGUCCCAAGAAGACUAUCGAGGAUACCUAUGGGUGGAAAUUCAAAGGCAAGAAUGUUCGAUUUGCUGAUUUAAACUACGACGGGCUGGACGAUUAUGUCUAUGUCAACGAACAAGGCGCUGUUGUCAUGUGGCCCAACCUUGGGAAAACUCCCAUUGCUUGGGGCACGCCUAGAAAAGUGGCGGAAGGAGUGGGUGCCCUGCCACGAGACAUUCAUUUUGCCGAUACAAAUGGGGACGGCAAGUUGGACUACGUCGUAGUAGACAGGGUUAGCGGUGCUGCACGAUCCUGGUUUCAUGGUGGUUUCCGAAGUGACAACUCCAUUUCGUGGAACUCGCCAAUUAGCUUUGCGGAUGGGCCUGGGUCCGUUGGACCUUCGGUCAAGAUUACUGAAAUGACCGGUGAUGAACGUGCGGACUAUGUGUCAGUUGACCCAAACAGCGGAAGACUCAACCUCUGGCAGAAUCGCUGCUGGGCCAAAUAA